AUGUCAACGCUCAGAGAUAUCACCACUUUGGAGGAAUGGGAGGCACACCUGGCCUCACUCCCGGCCUCAACUCUUCAAAUUAUAUACUUCCAUGCACCAUGGGCGCCACCUUGCGCUCAAAUGGCGACGGUUCUUAAGACCCUGGCAUCCGAAUACCCAGUAACCGACCCUCUUACGACCUCAUGGGUAUCACUCGACGCCGAGGACUUGAGUGACGUGAGCGAGACUUACGACGUCACAGCGGUUCCUUUCGUCGUUCUUUCGCGCGGCGGCAAGGUCUUGGAGUCCAUCAGCGGGAACAGCGCCCAGCGCGUGCGCACCGCGAUUGAAACGCACACUAGCGGCACAGGCUCCGGCGCAACCUCAGGAGAUACUCCGGUGGCGGCUGGCGAUGAGGCUGCCAAGGCCGAGGCUGCACCUCAGGACCCGGAGAAGCAGAAGGAGGAGCUGUUUAAACGACUGGCGGAUUUGGUCAAGGCGGCACCGGUCAUGCUGUUCAUGAAGGGCACACCCAGCGCGCCGCAGUGCGGCUUCUCGAGGCAGCUGGUCGCUCUGCUGAGGGAAAAUUCGGUCAAGUACGGUUUCUUCAACAUCCUGGCCGACGACGAGGUCAGGCAAGGCCUCAAAGAAUUUGCAGACUGGCCGACAUACCCACAGCUCUGGAUGGAUGGCGAGCUGGUCGGCGGACUCGAUAUAGUCAAGGAGGAGAUUGGAAACGACCCGGACUUUUUCAAGGCCUAUAGCGUCAAGGCCAGCACGGAUGCUGCGGGUGCAUCAUAG